AUGCUCGCGGCAAAAAAGAGGAAUUCUUCUCUUGGAAAUGAUCAAAAAUCCAGAAGACUAACCAUGUCAGGUGAAAUGUUCCACAAGCUGAAAAAUAAGAUUGAAGACAACACUGACAGCCCUUCUCCCCGUGAUAGGAAACGUAGCAAUGGCGAGGCGGAACACAAAUACAAGCGAAUUAUGUCCACAAACGAUAGGGGGAAAUAUUUCCAAGCAAGAAAUAGCAUGGCUUCAACUGGUGAUGGGUCUCGAAAGAUGACAUUAACGAGCGAUAAAUUCAUGCAAAUCAUCCAAAAAACCGGUCCAACUGGACGAAGUUCAAAGGCAAUGAGUACGAGUGCAUCGACCACAACGAAACCCUUAUAUUUGGAUUUGCUUCAAGACAUAAAUUUAAACGACACUGGGUGCAUUGAAUUAAUUUGUGGUCAUGAAAGAGAAAGGAAAGAAGAAGCCAUCUCCAUGGAAAAUGUGCCUUACCAGUGUCUCGUGUGUCUCGACUCAACCCGUUACGCAGGAGAGACCCAUUGA